GCUAUUUCUUGCUACUUACUUGCUAUCAGUUUUGUUUUCUUGAGUCUACGUGGGCAAUAUUUCGGUGGUUUGGUUUGCAAAUUUCACUGAAAUGUAAUACAAUUUUUAUACAAUUAGUUGAGUUUUAAGGGGGCUAAUUAAAAUAGGACUAUGGAGCUCAAGACAUUUUCAUUAAAUUGCAAAUCUUUAUUUUAUUUUGUUCUACUGUCUGUUGUUGUAUUUAUAGUGGGUGGCGAUGAACACACUCAUAUAUAUCAGGAAAAUGAUGAAGUGGUUCUUUGGAUGAACACUGUUGGCCCGUACCACAACAGGCAGGAAACAUAUGCCUACUUUUCUUUGCCCUUUUGCAUGGGCACCAAAGAAACUAUUAGUCACUACCAUGAGACUUUGGGGGAAGCGCUACAAGGAGUAGAGCUGGAAUUCAGUGGAUUGGACAUUGAAUACAAAGCUGACAUUUCAAAGACUCCGUACUGUGAAAUUCAGCUAAAUGAUGAGAAACUUAAAGCAUUUAUUUAUGCAGUGAAGAAUCACUACUGGUAUCAAAUGUACAUUGAUGACCUUCCAAUUUGGGGUAUUGUGGGGGAAAUGGAAGAAGUGAAUGGACAAAUGAACUACUACAUAUGGACCCAUAAAAAGUUUGACAUUGGUUACAACGGGAAACAUAUAGUAGAUGUUAACCUAACGUCUGAGUACAAAGUUAAGCUGGAACUUGGUGUAAGGAUUCCAUUCACGUAUGAAGUGAACUGGAAACCUUCGUCUGUCAAGUUUGAAGAUCGCUUUGACAAGUAUCUUGAUCCUAAUUUCUUCCAACACAGGAUACAUUGGUUCAGCAUAUUCAACAGUUUCAUGAUGGUUAUAUUCCUGGUGGGGUUAGUGUCCAUGAUACUUAUGAGGACUCUCAGGAAGGACUAUGCUCGUUACAGCAAGGACGAAGAGCUGGACGAUAUGGAGAGAGACCUGGGAGAUGAGUACGGGUGGAAGCAGGUACACGGAGAUGUGUUCAGACCUCCCAGCAACACCAUGCUCUUCUCUGCCAUGGUAGGAGCCGGCUACCAGAUCACCACGGUCACACUGUCCGUCAUCAUAUUUGCUAUACUGGGAGAACUGUACACUGAACGUGGAUCAUUGCUGAGUACAGCUAUAUUUGUGUACGCGGCCACAAGCCCAGUCAAUGGCUACUUUGGUGGCGGCCUCUACGCCAGACUCGGAGGCAAGAUAUGGAUCAAGCAGAUGAUCUUGUCUGCCUUCAUGCUGCCUGCACUCGUCUGCGGUACUGCUUUCUUCAUCAACUUUAUUGCCAUCUACUACCAUGCAUCAAGAGCUAUUCCCUUUGGAACCAUGGUGGCUGUGACAUGCAUCUGUUUGUUUGUCAUAUUACCACUGACAAUGGUAGGCACUGUACUGGGCCGCAACCUAGCAGGUCAGCCUGACUAUCCAUGCAGAAUCAAUGCUGUUCCUCGCCCAAUCCCAGAGAAGAAGUGGUUUAUGGAGCCUGCAGUGAUUGUUGUUCUUGGUGGUGUAUUGCCAUUUGGUUCCAUAUUCAUUGAAAUGUAUUUUAUUUUCACUUCAUUCUGGGCAUACAAGAUCUACUACGUUUACGGCUUCAUGCUGCUAGUCUUCCUAAUCCUAAUGAUAGUUACUGUUUGUGUGACUAUUGUAUGCACCUAUUUCCUGCUCAAUGCCGAGGAUUACCGAUGGCAGUGGACGAGUUUUCUUGCAGCAGCUUCUACAUCUGGUUAUGUUUACAUGUAUUCAUUCUACUACUUCUUUUUCAAAACAAAAAUGUACGGGCUCUUCCAAACAGCCUUCUAUUUUGGUUACAUGGCGCUGUUCUCUGCUGCGCUGGGGAUCAUGUGUGGAACGGUCGGCUACAUGGGCACAUCACUCUUUGUCCGCAAAAUAUACUCCACUGUCAAGAUUGAUUAAAAUGUUUUUAAAGAGUACAACUUUGACAUCACCAGAAGGAUUGAGGAACACACAGAUCAAGCAACAUCUCUCCAUUAGUGAAUGUGAAAGUGUCUUGUAAAAGUAACAGUUUUUUAAUGAGCUGUUCUCACAAACCUCAAUAGCAAACCUUAUGUGAAAUUAUUUAUGUUCAAGUGAUAUAUUGUAGUGUUGGUAUUGGUUGUGUAUGUACACCAUUGACAUCUUAAAAGUAAUAUUAAUGCACAAAUACUUUGUUUAUUACAUACAUUGACACAAAACUUUAUUGAGUACUUAUAAACAUGUUUCAAAACAUUUCCUUAAAAUGUUUUGUCUGAAAUGUUUUCAGUUUAAGGUGAUAGUACAGACAAUGAUAUCUAUACACUUAUUUAAUACGCAAGCAGGAUUUUUGUGACAAUUACUCCUCCGAAACUACUAAACCGAUUGACAUGUUUUUGGUGUCAUUGGAAAGAGCGUAACGUGAAGUUGUGCAGAAAACUUUCUUUUUUGGUAAAUAAUUAGAGAGUGGGGCCCUUUAAAGUUUUGUAUUUCUCCAUAAGAUUAACAUGGGAAACAAACAUUGUUUUGAAACACCAGCUGUUGUCAGAAAUUAAAUAUUAAUAAUUGGUCUCCAUGGAAGCAUGAGAAAAUUCACUGCUUUGACAUUUAAAUUUAAACAACCAGAUCUGUCAAAUGCCUAUUUCACAAUUUCAGACAGCUGAUCAAAAAAAUAAAUAAAACAACUAUAUGUGGUAGGUUUAUUUAAUCUUAAACUUUAUGAUAGAUUAUUUAUUAUAAAUCUAUUUCAAUGAUUAUGAAACAAAUUUUUCCCGUUGCGAAGCAAAAAUUAUAAGUGAGAAGAAGAACAUAUGUUAAUUGUAAACAGUCAAUCUGUAAAUUAUAUGUUGUAUUAAAAAUGUUUAUAGUUUUGGAUUUUGGUUUGUGUUUAAUGAUGAUAUAAGUUAAUUAUUAUUGAAUUUUUAUUUUAAGGAUUUGGCAUAUGGUAUGCCUAUGAUAAAUAACACCAUUUCAGAGAUCUGCCAAUUUUUGCCUAACUCUGUUCUGUAAAGUUUAAAGUAGCCUACCUACACCUUAUGGUCUACAAAUUUGCUAAAUAACUUAGGUACGGUACAUUAUAACAGCUGACAGCCUUUUUACGUCGACUUAAAAUGUAAGCUUACAUUUUCCCGUCCAUGGGAAGUUUAAUAGUUAAAAACCAACCCCCUUGAACUGGAAUAGGACUGUUAUGUAAAUUGUGAGUAUUUCCAUUAGUAAAUAAUCUUUUAGUCGACUCUUUUAAAAUCAUCGGAAAUUAUGACUUAUAAUAACUCUUAUAAAUAACUCCUGUACUUCUUUGCAAUUGCUCGAUUUCAAGCUACAUGUACACUAGGUUAAUAUUGUAGUUAGAUAAUGUUACUUAAUUUCUUUAUUUACUAAAUAUUUUACCCUUCAUAAUUAGUUUUUGGUUUGUUCUUUAAAAGUAAUGUUGACUAAAAAAUCAGCUGUGUAAACCUAAUAUCUCAUUGUUAGAAAAUAUUUUUGCAUUAUGGUUUAUUAGAUACUAAAUAUAAUUAUUGGACCUUUUUCAUCCAAAACAAGAAACCAUAAUUAAUAUUUGUGAAUAUCAGGAAAUCUGUUAGCUGAAAUAAUAUUUAUUUGUUAUGAGAACUCACAUUUGCUAUCACCUACUAAUCUCUAAAACCUGUGAUAUCGGUACUUUUUCUGAGAUAAUACUACUCCUUUCAAUAUUUUACCAACCAAUCUAAAUAUUAACAAAUUUUACUUGUAUCUUAAUUCCACGUAAAGGUGAGGCCUAUUUAAUGUGUUGAACAUUAGGUCUACCCGGUGGUAAUUUUUUAUAAUCAAUGGCAAAGACACAUUCAAGCGCUUGUUCACUGCUUAUCGUUCAGGUAGUGAUCUGUGUAUGUUUAUAAUAAGGUUGAAGGCAUUUAUACUUUUUGGAUCGAACUCCGCCUUGCAAUGUAAUCUACAUUUUGUGAUUAGCUGGAGUUAACAUUGCCAACUACAGAUUUUGUUCCAUAUAGGUAUAUUUAUUGUUUUUUUGUUGUUAAUAUUUAAUGUUUGUAUCAUAUUAAUAAAUUUGUACCUUGUAUAUAGCCCUCCCAAGCAGUGUCUGUGGAUUUAGUAAAAUUAUUUUAUAGUAUUUUUUAUCAUUUAGAGAAUGUAAAUAGAUGUUGAGGUAGCGUAAGUGUUGAAGCUGUGCACUCUUGUGUCUAGGAAACUGUAUCACGCUGUCCAUCAAGUUGGAUGUAUUAUUUUAAUAAAGACAAUGGUUAAAUAAACCAU